AUGGAUCAACGAUGUUAUGUGGAUAUUGCUAGGUCGUUGCCCGGAAGCAACGCGCUGUAUGGCUCGAGUACAGUGUCAAAUGUGCAAGGGCCGCUGCAUCGCCGCCCGGAUGUAGUGUUAAAUAGGCAAGGGUUCCCGCAUACUAGUGAACGGGUGCGGGUAAAGAAGCUAGUUCACGAGACCAAGAUUCGAAUAGGAACAUGGAACGUAGGCACACUUACCGGUAAGGCUAUGGAAAUAGUAGACACGAUGAUUAGGAGAAGGAUCAACUUUAUGUGCCUACAAGAAACCAAAUGGAUAGGGGAAAAGGCAAAGGAAUUGUAUUCUUCGGGUUUUAAGCUUUGGUACACCGGGAAGGUAAGAGCGAGGAAUGGGGUUGGCAUCAUAGUGGACAAGGAGUGGAGGAAGGACGUGGUGGAGGUGAAGAGAGUCGGAGAUAGGAUCAUAGCCCUUAAGCUAGUCGCACGGAAGGAUACCACCAAUGUCAUUAGCGCGUAUGCGCCUCAAAUUGGGUCGGAGGAGCACCACAAGGUGCAAUUUUGGGAGGAUCUAGAAGGGGUUAUCCAAGGAAUACCUAUGGGAGAGAAGAUUUUCUUAGGGGGGGAUCUUAACGGACAUGUCGGGGGCGACUCUAGGGGAUACGAAGGUUUCCAUGGAGGACAUGGCUUAGGAGUAGCAAAUAGAGAAGGCAAAACCAUCCUAGAUUUCUCCUUGGCUUUUGAUCUUACAAUAGUCAAUACGUGCUUUAAAAAGAGGGAAGAACACCUUAUCACGUACAAGAGCGGGAUGGUAUGCUCUCAGAUCGAUUUCUUUCUUGUAAGGAAAUCAGACAGGAAAUUUUGCAUGGAUUGCAAAGUCAUUCCUGGCGAGAGCCUGACUACCCAGCAUCGAGUGUUGGUCAUGGAUGUUAGAGUUAAGAGUGGCGUGGAGAGCUAA